AUGCGGUUGCCUCUGCUCGUGUCCGCAGGCGUCCUGCUGGUGGCUCUGCUGCCCUAUCCACCAUGCAAAGCCUUCCUCAGUCGGGGUCCCACCCAGGGCGCCCGGCAGGCUCCGCAACAACACCAACCCCUGGAUUUCUUCCAGCCGCCGCCUCAGCCCCAGCCACCUCAGCAGCCGCAGCCUCCUCGACCUACCCUGCUCCGCAUGGGGGAAGAAUACUUCCUUCGCCUGGGGAACCUCAACAAAAGCCCCGCUGCUCCCUUCUUGCCCGCCUCCUCAUCUUUUGCUGGCAGCAGCCGCCACUCGCCAGACGAGGCAGCCGCCAACUUUUUCCGCGUGUUGUUGCAGCAGUGGCCGCUGCCCCAGCGCUCAAUCGACAGCCCCCCGGGUCCCUCGGAGCGCGGCGCUGAGAACGCCCUCGGUGUCCACCAGGAGGCACCGGAGAGGAAGAGGCGGUCGGAAGAGCCUCCCAUUUCUCUGGAUCUCACCUUCCACCUCCUCCGAGAAGUCUUGGAAAUGGCCAGGGCUGAGCAGUUAGCUCAACAAGCUCACAGCAACAGGAAACUGAUGGAAAUUAUUGGCAAGUGA